UUUGCAGCCUAUUGUCGCAAAUCAUAAUUUGCAUCUGCACAAAGGACAAGAAACGGUUGGGAGGACAGCAUCAGCGGUGCCGCCACGCCCAUCGGUAAUGGGGCUAGGUAGCCGGUAAGGGGCCCUACCGUUCACCCCCACAGCCCUCACCAGCGUCUCGGCUUUAUUCGUUGCUAGUUACCCAAUAACAAUCAAUUAGUGCCAGCACCAAAAUGCAAUAAACAAACAAAGCAGUCGAUAUCGUAUAGCCGGAACGAUGGCACAAAAUUGCUUCGCAACAUCAGCAGCCCAAAACUCAAACUGUGGUUAGAGUUUUGGGGAGCGAGAUCCUGCACAUAGCCAUUGUGGUACAUCCUUGAUGAUCUGAUUUCAAAUGGGCCAACCAUCCCCAAAAAACAUAUAUAAGCAGCCCAUCCCCAGUCGCAAACCCAAAAAACUACUACUUUCUUGUCUGACAAUGUAUCACGCUAGAACCGUUUACUCCCGCACUUCCACCUUAUUAUUGGGCUAUUUGGCCCUUUCUACCACGCUACCAUUUGCUUUAAGCUAUAAGGAGUCUUUAGAGAAACUGCAAUUUAAGGGUGUGGUUCACCCCAGAGCCUUGUUCAACAAGAUUUAAAUACACGUUACGCAAGACCUUACGUUACGCCAGACAUCACUUUAAGACACUCAGAUGUCAAUUGGUGUUCCACCAUUAAUGGGUUGGGGAUUGUGGCUGCAGCGCAGCUUCCCCUUUAGAGUUAGUUCAAUGAUUACGAUAGAAAUAUAAUUCCAAUUUUUGGAUCCAGCAAGCCUGGUUAGCCAGCAAUGCUGUCGAUGAAGUACAAGUAGCCGUUGUUUUUGGAGGUCUGAGUUGUUAGUGCUGCUUUGCAGUUUCCACCGGCGCAUAGUGUGUCCAUCGGCCGACCAUCGCGGACUCCGACUCGCGGGCGCCGACCGGCGGCAUGUGGUAUCGCGUGAGACGUGAACGUGUAAGUCAUGAGACGUGGACGUG